ACAGAAGCGCAUAGACUCACAGCUCGAUAAAUCGACCGAGUGCCAAACGCAUUCACAGUGGGAGAGCUUCAAAAUUUUCAUAGAUCGGACUAAACCUUUUCCUUGGAAAUCGAACGAAGUGGCAACUGACUCAGUAUCUCUUGCAUUAUGAGCCUUUUGUUGACUGUCCGUUCAUUUUCUUGGAGUCAAGUAAAGUCAAUGGGGAUAGAAGUGACAGAUAUCUGUAUGGACAAAGAGCCAGAUCUUGUUGUACUUUAUUCAAAUGGUGCUUCUCAUGAUUCAGAUCAUGAAUCAUUUCCCAAUCAUAGUGACCCCGAGUCAUAUGAGCAUGUCCAUGAGGAAUCUGUUCUCCAAGUCAUGGGAGAGAACAUGGAAGGAAAAGAAUAUGAAGUGAAGGAAUGUACUACCGAAAACUCAGUUGAGAUAUCUGAACUCAAUCACAUUGAAAAAAGCAAGGAGGAGCAGACUAAUGCAAGCGCAGCAAAGUCUGAGGCUGAACUACCUAGAGAGAAGGUCAUGCCAGAAAAUGGUAAACCAGAGGGUCAUUCCAAGUUACAUUCAUAUGCAAAGCCUGCAUCAAAAUUCAUUUCUGGAAAUGUCCGAACAAAGCACACUGUUCCACAGCCAUUUGUGCUAGCAACUGAAAAGCGAGCUUCAUCCGGGUAUCGUCCUGCUGUUCCUGAACCUGAUGCUGCAAUAGGUGCAAGUAAAUCACAUAAUGUAAAUGGUCUUCAUCAUCCAACUACUAAAAAACUCAAUCAAGUAAGGAUGCAUGUAUAUGCUGCCUGGGCAUGUUGUAUGCGCUGCAUAUAUCAAUUAUUGGGUUGUUACAACUUGACUCUGCAUAGAACUGGAGCAGCCAGCAUCCAGACUGUUAAGUCAAGGACCACUGUUGCAUCAGCUCCCAUAUUUAGAAGCACUUUACGUGCAGAGAAAAGAAGAGAGUUUUAUUCAAAGCUGGAGGAGAAACAUCAAGCCCUGGAGGCUGAGAAAACACAAAGUGAAGCAAGGACCAAGGAGGAAAAAGAGGCAGCUAUCAAGCAACUGAGGAGGAGUUUGAUGUUCAAGGCAAACCCAAUGCCAAGCUUUUACCAUGAAGGUCCUCCCCCUAAGGUGGAACUUAAAAAGCUUCCACCAACUCGUGCAAAGUCACCAAAGCUGGGCCGCAGGAAGAGCUCUGGUGAUGCAGUCAGUUCAACUGAAAGAGACAAAGUAAGAGGAGCUUAUCGUCAAGGAAAUCGCCCUUCUAGUCUGGGUAUCUCCAAAGAAGACAACACAAGCACCAUUUCAGCUGAUGUGAAGGAUCAGAGCAGUGUCCAGAAUGACUUGACCAUUUGCAAAUUCAAGGAUGAGCCAGCCAGAGGUAUUGAAGAGAAAAGCGAAUUGAGUCUGCAAAAAGUAACCGCACAUAGUAACAUAGAGAUUGGAGUUCGGUCAUGAGUUUCCUGGUGAGUUUUUUUUUUUUUUUUUUAACUCUAUUUAUAAGGGAAAGAUCUCUGCUCUGUUGUUUUCUUGUGGUUGCUCAGGAGAGUAUGCAUUUUAUUCCCUUUAAGUUGCAAGGACUUGCUGCAAAUCGUGUAAUGUAUGAAGUGUAAAUUCUGUAAGUUAUAUUCAGCUUAUGUAUAUGAAGAUCCUCAUUUUACCGUUAAGCGUGUACCUCCCUUGUACUUAUGGAGAGGAAAACUCUUCUUGCAUUUCCUAUUUCUUUCAAUA